AAAAAAAGCAUUUUUGCGGAUUUUUGGCGGAGUGACCUCGAGUCGGAUUCGAAUUCCACACACCCAGUCGAACUCGAUCCCACCUUCUUCGUUUAUAAAUUCCGGUCUUCAGGCGUUGGUUACGCACUGCGUACGCUGCUUGCCCGCCGCAUCCCGCCGCCGCCAUGGCCAACGAGGAGAGCGGGAGCCCGCUCCGACGAUGGAGGCCGUUCUACAGCGCUUUCGGCGCCGUAGACGAAGCAAUCGAGGAAGCCGGCCACCCGCGCGCCGCGUUCCUGGACGUGAGGGCCCGGAUCGUCCAGCUCCUCCGGGGCGCCGUGGACGACGGCGUGGCCGAGCAGCUCUGCGCCGCGCUCGACGACGCCAUGGUGGAAGCGCUCGAGACGCUGCGGGUGGCGCCCGUCCCGCACAAAGCGCUGGCGUCCACCGACCUCGCAAGGGCCGUCCGCGCCCUCGAGAAGCACGGGUCGGCCCGGAUCCGCACCCUCGCCGGCGACGUCGUGCGCGGGUGGACGACAGCCAUUGACGGCGCUACAGCUACAGCAGAGGAGGAGCUCCACAAGCUCUCUGAUGAUCGGAUCCCACGCCAGGGCAUGUCUACAGCAGUCAAGAAGCCAGUCGACGCUCAAAGCGAGAAGAUGAAGACCAAGAAGCCGAUUGUCACUCAAAGCGAGAAGAUCGAGGAUACGAAGCCGAUCGCCGCUCAAAGCGAGAAGAUGGAGGCCAAGAAGCCCAUCGUCAAUCAAAGCGAGAAGAUGGAGAAUACUAAACGGAAGCUACGUGAUGGCUACGAAGAAGCCAAAAAGAUCAAACGUCUUCACACGAUUCAGAAGAUUGACGACAAGGAGGCGCCAAAGCUUUUGGAGCAAAGCCAACGGAAGAUGCAGAGAGUCCCAGCAAGAUGUAGGACAUCCUCGGGCGUUCGUCGUUCUUUGCUUCCCUCUCUUCAGCUGAUUUAGGGCUCUGUCGAGUUCUUUGAUAACUAUUAUUUAGUUUGUUGAUUGAUGUCAGUUACAUAUCUGUAUGUGUAAUGAGGUGUAAUCGUUGGUAAUAGAAAAGAGCAAUUUUUGUCCUGCUUGA